CCCUUCUGUCGCCUCGGAGCGAGGCAGCUCUCCGCCCUGAAACCUCAGCUGGAUGCAAACAACGUCAGGUUGAUCGCAAUCGGCUUGGAGGAGAUAGGGGUGGAGGAGUUUGUGGAAGGGAAGUUUUUCAAUGGGGAACUAUAUAUCGACCUGAAGAAGCAGUGCUACAAGGAUCUGGGCUUCCGAAGACUCAACUUUUUCAGUCUGUUUCCUGCCAUCUUUGCCAAAAAAGCGAGAGAUGCGAUGUCACAGGCCAAGACGGACAAGAUUGAGGGCAACUUUAAGGGAGAUGGCAUGCAGAAUGGUGGCACCAUGGUUGUUGCUAAAGGAGGCAAGGUUCUGCUCAAUUUCAAGCAAGAUAACCCAGCAGAUCACGUAGACCCCAACGAAGUGUUGAAAGCUUUAGGAAUCGAGGGCACGGUUGAUGUAGAGAAACUGGUGUCGACAGAAGGGGAGGGGACUCAGGUGACCGCGGACGGGGAGGGGGCAAGUGGAGUGACAUGCAAGGAUGAUGUGUGUGAGAUGCCUAAGAAGGACAAACCCAAGCCACAAGUACAGUGUAAGGAUGAUGUCUGCCAGAUGAAGUAACAGUAACAGCUGCAGCUGCUACUCUGGCCACUGCCAGUGUUUCCACAGAACCACGUUAGUGAUCCAAGACCUGCCACAGACUGGGCACCAUGACGUGUACUUGAUGAAUCUCCGGACCCGAGUAUACCGACCUUGGUCAUGUGACCUGCCCAUCUGGUGGCACUUCUGGGAACUACUAUGUAUGUUUAAGGGCAUUCAGCUGGUGGCUUAUUAUUAUUAUCAUAAUACCUCAAACUUUUAUAUUUUUAUGGUUUUCAUUAUUUCUUGCUGAAGCUUAUCAUUGUGUCAUCUAGAUGGUGACCUUUGUAAUAAAGGCAUUCUUAUAUA